AUGAAGUUUAGCACCUCGAUCCUCACCAUGCUCGGCCUUGCUGCCACCACUCUCGCAUGCACAGCGUCACAAGGCUGUUGUUGGAACAAUGAGGACGCCUGCAGGAACCAGCACAAGAGCUGCAAGGGCAUCGCUGGCAAUUUUGGCGAUUGCCCCUGUGAUGAAGACUCCUACAAGGCGGACUUCUGCAAGGGCUUCGACUGCAACGGUGCCGACUGCUGCGACACCACGACGCACUGGGGACGAAGCUGCCCGUAG